AUGGCCGCUCCUUCUCCUCCCACACUGUACUCCCAAUGCCAGGGAUCAUAUGCCACAGACGAGAUCAACAACCGCAAAUACCUUCCGGUGGAUUCGAUGCGCAAGCUCCUCAAGAAGGGAAAUGUCGGCUCUGAACUAAAACGCAAAAAGAAGAUACCGCUGAGAGUUUCAAAGUGUGCCGGUCAGGUUGAGAAGCAAUUGAGCAAACUAUUUCUGACCCUUGUGCUCUUAGACAAGGCCCUGGACAUCAGGGGGCUGCUAAAGGCAGGGUUUACAGACAAGGACCUUCCGCUAAUCAAAGUGGAUGACACCACUCUACGAUCUUCUUCUGAAAAGGAGAAGCUGUUCAAGAAACCUAGGGACUGGACUGAGCAGAUCAUAGAUAGCUUCAUCGAGAAACAGUGGAUGAUGAUAGCACCAGUCUUCACAAACAAUGGCGAGCAUCGCGAUUUUGACACGAAUAUCUGUUUGCCGUUUGACAAUCUGGACGAGAAAGGUCACAGCAAUACCAGUAUCGUCUUCAAGGCAGACAUCCAUAAGGCGCAACAAAUCGGAUUCGAGGAUGACGCGCCAAAUCUUUCGGUUGCCCUCAAAGAGUUUAGACUUGGCAACUAUUUUGAAGACGAGCGCGAGAACCUCGAAAGGAUUCGAGAACUGAGUGAUAAUAAGCAUAUCACCAAAAGCUUUGGCUCUUUCUCCCAGGGCAAUAGGAAGUUCAUGAUAUUUCCUUGGGCCGAUGGUGGGGACCUAGAAAACUUCUGGCAGGAGAAGGAUACCGACGAGCGGUCGCCCGAAUUGCUUGUCUGGUCCUUGGAACAGAUGCUUGGCCUCGCCGAAGCUCUUCAAGCCCUGCACCAUAAUAUUGGUGAGAAGAUCAACUUGCGCCAUGGCGAUUUGAAACCCGGAAACAUCCUUCACUUCUUCGCAGGGGAUGGUAGAGGUGUCCUGAAGAUUGCCGAUUUUGGCAUAUCAAAGAUUCACAACGUCAAUACUUUUGAGAGAAUGGAUCAUCCCACUCAUACCAGGGCCACCUCACCAUCCUACGAGGCACCCGAGGCUGUGUCGAAAGAAAAGAGGGCAAGAUCGCGCAAAUAUGAUAUCUGGUCACUAGGUUGUAUCUACCUGGAAUUCGCAAUCUGGCUCAUCCACGACUGGAAGAGCAUCCAAGAUUUCAACGAAGAAAGGAAACCCAAGGCUUAUACUGAUACUUUCGCGCAUUUCUACCACGACUCCAACGGCCAGGUAGAAGUUCACCCAAAGGUUAAUGAGAAGAUCAAAUCAUUGAAGAGUAACCCCCAGUGCGGCGAAAAUAGUCCUCUAGGGGACCUUCUUGAUUUGAUCGAUGCUCACCUCCUUCGAGUAGAGGUCGAAGACCGCCUCGAUGCUGAAGGGCUGCGGGACAGGCUAGCGGCAAUAGUCAAGAAAGCCAAACCCGAAUGA